AUGGAGACAAAAAUCUUCAACUCUUCCAGUAUGGAAAUGGAGCUAUCACAAACAUGGAUAUCCUCCAGCACGUUCCAAUCACCACUGUAUAGGGUCAUAUCUGAACGUUUCGUGUGCUGGUCCAACUGGCAAUACAUCAUAACACUUUUGCUAGGAAUCAUCUUCUAUGAUCAAGUGAUGUAUAUCAAGCACAAAGGCUCCAUUGCUGGGCCAACAUUUAAGAUCCCCCUCAUGGGGCCAUUCGUUCAAGCUCUUCAUCCAAAGUUUGAAUCGUAUCUGGCACAGUGGGCAAGUGGCCCUCUAUCUUGUGUAUCAGUUUUCCAUAAGUUCGUUGUUUUGGCCUCGGAUCGUGACAUCGCCCACAAAGUUUUCAAGUCACCUACAUAUGCUGAGCCCUGCCUGGUUCCAGUUGCAAAAGAUAUUCUGGGCCACAAAGCAUGGGUUUUUCUUCAAGGAAAAGCGCACGCGGAGUACCGCAGAGGCUUGACUCCUCUAUUCACCAACAAGGCCAUCGCUACCUAUUUCCCUGCUCAAGAGCGGGUGUUUGCCGACUACUUCGACAAGUUUGUUGCUGCCAGCAAAGCAAAUCAGGGACGACCAAUGGCCUUCAUGAGUCUGUUCCGGGAAAUAAACUGUGCGCUUUCGUGCCGCACCUUUUUCGGGGACUAUAUCUCUCAGAGUGCAGUCAAGAAGAUCGCUGAUGACUUCUAUCUUGCCACUGCAGCCCUUGAACUAGUCAAUAUUCCAUUCUCAAUUCACAUUCCAUUUACCAAGCCUUGGCUCGGAAGGAGAAUUGUCCGCGCCGUCCACGCUGAAUUUGCGAAGUGUGCAGCCAUGGCGAAGGCACACCUGGCGACUGGCGCAAAACCCACCAGUGUCAUUGACCAUUGGGUAGCACAUAUGAUGGAGUCAAAUCGAUAUAGGGAGAGAAUUGCGGCCGGAGAAACGGACGUGGAGAAGCCUUCAAACUUGAUUCGUGAAUUCACAAACGAGGAGAUCAGUGAGACCCUGUUUACCUUCCUCUUUGCCUCUCAAGAUGCGUCAAGCAGCGCCACAACCUGGCUAUUCCAGAUACUGGCACAACGGCCAGAUGUGCUCAGCCGUCUGCGCGAGGAGAAUUUAGCCGCGAGAGGAGGCGAUAAGAAUAAACCUUUCGAUUUGCCUAUGCUGGAAUCGCUUUCCUACACCAAUGCCGUUGUCAAGGAGCUCCUCCGCUACCGACCACCUGUCAUCUUCGUUCCCUACCUGGCGACCAAGAAUUUCCCUGUCACGCCAGACUAUACCGUCCCUAAAGGGUCAAUGAUCAUCCCCUCAUGCUAUCCUGCUUUGCACGAUCCAAAUGUCUAUCCUGACCCUGACGUGUUCAAUCCCGACCGUUGGAUUUCGGGUGAUGCGGAGUCUAAAACAAAGAAUUGGCUCGUCUUUGGAGCAGGAGCUCAUGACUGCCUCGCAAGAAGGUAUGUGCCACUAUCGAUGGCGGCGAUGAUUGGCAAGGCAGCUUUGGAGCUUGAUUGGGCGCACCACGCGACAGAAAGAUCGGAAGAGAUUCGUGUGUUUGCUACACUAUUUCCAAUGGAUUCCUGUCAGUUGGUCUUCACCAAGCGCUCUUGA